UUUAACCUUUGCAUGGCAAUAUCUCAGCAACUAUGGGUCGUAUCAACAAAGUUCAGCAUUGCAAAAUAUAGAAAAUUUCUCAGCUUUUCAAACAUAUUUUUUUCAAAAGUGGGCAAACAUGGGCACUAAUUUUAAAAAAUGAAAAACUGCGACUAUUUUCAAAAAAGUUACCUAAAAAUGGUUAUAACUUGAAAACGGUGCACUUUAUCAAAAAUUCACUAAAGUACUUUUUGAUUGCAAAUUCGAUUUUACAUCGAAAAAUGAAGUUGAUAAAUUUUUGCGACCAAUAUUUCGAUUUUUUUAAAAAAUCUGUAUUGAUUCAAAAAUUCAUAACUCGGUCAAAGAUUUUUUGCCCAUUCUGGAUAUUUCUGAAAAGUUGGCAUUUUAUGUCCUCUAAAACAUAUCAAAAAAUAAAAAAAAUUAAAAAUGGUGUUUUUUUGCAAAUCAAGCUUUAGUGACAAAAAGUUAAAUAAAAAAUCACCAAAAAUUUUUUUACCGUGUAUCAUUUUUUUUCAGUGUAGUCCAUAUCCAAACUUACAACUUUGCCGAAGACACCAAAUCGAUCAAAAAAUUCCUUCAAAAGAUACAGAUUUUUGAAUUUUCACAUAUCAUUUUUGUAUGGACAUCUACCAAAUUUGUAUGGAAAAUCAUAUGAACGAACUAAUGAUGCAAAAUGGCUUCUUUGGGCAUACCGAAGGCACCAAAAAAGUUUCUGCCGGAUUAAAAAAUACAAAAAUUAAAAUUAAAGAAAAAAGACCGAUUCCGUAGAGAACUGCUCAUUACCAUUCGAGCAGCUUUUGCUUUAUUCUAUAAUGUAUUGUACCAAUUGUAUGACCAUUGGUAUAUGUGUGUGCUCCUUUUCCCUUUCGCAAACCGAACCGAGUGCGCAACGUGGCUGGAUCGCGGUCAGCUAGAGGUUUUUUUUUCUUUCCGUAGAGUUUAUUCCGUUCCGGUUCACCAAAAAUGGACAAAACCGCGGAACGCCAUCGGGUGCCUCCGGAUUCAACGAGCUCGCAGCAAAGCAUUGAACAACCCAAUUUAAGCAUCAACGACCUCGUGGAGGUGACAAAACAGUCGCCGGGCGUGGCGGAAGGGGCUGUGGGGAUGGUCAACGCCGUAACAGCCACCGUCGUAAAGGUCCGCAUCGGGGGAGACUUGGUCGAUGUACCGCCAUCUAACGUGGUAUUAUACCAUGCGACCAAGUCUCUCCUGAUGCACGGGAUCUCGACCCGCUACCCGGGCUACCGGGAAUGCGAGCGGUGCCGAUGCGUGUUUGAGAAUGCCACAGCUCAAGGGGUAGGACACAGAGUAACUGAGUGA